AUGGACGUUUCAGAUUUGAGUGCAAGUUCAAUGGAGUACGAAAGCGGAAAUACAGAUGAAGAGGAAUUCAAUAUUUCGUCUGCCAACUAUAAUGCACCUCGUGAAGAUGAACAAAGUUGGGGAGACGAUGAUGUCGACGAAAGUGUGAGUGAAACGGAAGUACUAGUUUUAUUUAGUAGUUCCAUAUGGAUGCGAGAUGGUGUUGAUGUAGAAGAUGAUAAUGUAGAGCAAGAAGAAGAUGUUGACACUGAUAAUAUUCAGAGUGAUGUUGUGGAGGAGGCAAGCGAUGACGAGAGAUUGGACUGUGGUUUUGUUGAUGAGGUCUUAGUUGGCGAUAAUUCUUCUUACGACUAUUACGGUGAUUCAGACUUGGAGACUAUAGAAGAACCUGUUAGAAGAAGACAUGUGAAAUCAGUUGGUAAGAAAAAGAAUGGAUCAGAGGAUGAAGAUGAGAGUGAUACAGAAGAUAAGAGGAAGUUUUACUGGGAAGUAAUGGAGAAGACCUUUGUGUCUGAGGCAGCUGCUUAUACUUUUUAUAAUGGAUAUGCUCGACAAGAGGGAUUCGGUGUAAGAAAGUUCAAGUUCAAAGAGACUAAGGGUGCUAACAAAAUAGUUCGCAGAAGGCGGUUUGUGUGUUCUCGGGAAGGAAAACGUAAUGACAAGUUUCGACUAUGGACAACCGCACUCGUAGGUUGA